CACUGAAGUCGUACAGCUUCAACCACGUUCAUGUGAAAUAACUUAUACCAACAUGUCUUCGAAACUUCGCGAUAACGAGGAUAGUUUUGAAGGACCGUCCGCUCUCAAGGAGGAAUUGAACAAGAAGAUAAAGGAGCAGAAGAUUGUCGUGGAUGAGCUCUCCAAGCUGACGAAAAACAGGAAAGUCUACGUCCAGCAGAGGAACAGUAACAUAUUCUUCCGAGCAGACCGAGAUCAGACGCUGGGUUCAUGUAAAAAGGAACUCGAUGACAUGAAAAAGGAUCUGCAGGACAUGUGAGACGGACCUUCAUCGCAACAAUGUGCGGCAUUUUUUGCGCGCUGAGUU